AAUAUUGCGGGACAGGGCGGAAUCCCCGUUUGCUGUUCGCCCGAACUGCAGUGAGCGCUCGGGAAGUCCAUGCAGCCGGCGGCGUAAGUGGGCAGAAUGGCUUCGGGCCACACGACGCUCAGUCUGGAGGAUGAGCUGAACUGCCCUCUGUGCCGGCAGCUAUACUCCGACCCCGUGAUCUUGGACUGCGGGCACGACUUCUGCCGGGCGUGCAUCAGCAAGAAGUGGGAGGUGGAGCAGAGAGUGCAAUGUCCCGAGUGCAGUCAGAUCUUCCGGGACAGAAGCCUCAAGCCCAACCGAGCCCUGAAUAAGCUGGUGAAGAAGAGCCGGAGCGUCUCCCUCAGUAUGAAAGUCAAGAGCAACAGACUUUACUGCACUGACCACGAAGAGGAGCUCAAACUGUUCUGCGAGACCGACAAGAAGCUGAUCUGCGUGAUGUGCCUGGACAGGCGUGACGGCCGCAGCCACAAGGCGCACAACUUCAUGCUCAUCACCGAGGCGGUGGAGAUCUACAAGGGUAAACUGAAGCUGCGCCUCAACUCCCUGCAGCAGAAGAGGAGUUACUACCAUGAGUUUGAGGUUAAGCAACUAGAGAAGAUCGCAGAGAUCAAGGACUUGUCGAAUAAACUGCACAGCAACAUCACCAGUGAGUUUUCCAAAAUGCACAGUGCUCUGGACGAGAAGCAGCAAUACCUCUUCAACGACCUCACGGCGCAAGAGGGUGGCAUCCUCACCAGGAUGGAGGCGAACCUCCGCAAGAUCCGGGAUCACCUGAACCGCACGCAGCAGGUGCUGACGAGCACACAGAAGCGGCUGGAACACCAGGAUGUCUACACCAUGCUGAAGGAGGCUCCUCUGGAUGUCAAAAGUACUGAAGACAGUUACCAGCCAACGAUAAUGGAAGAAAACCUGCCCGGCAGUUUAUUCCAAGGACCUGUGCAAUAUAGAGUUUGGAAACAAGUUAUAGAUGUUAUUAAUCCUGUGCCGGCCUACCUGACGCUGAACCACCGCACGGCGCACCCUCGCCUCCUGCUGUCCGACGACCUGACGGUCGUGUCUUACGGUGACAUGAAGCAGGACGUUCUCGACAACCCCGAGAGGUUCGACACCUGCGUGUGCGUCCUGGGAUCGGAGGCCUUCUCGUCCGGCAGGCACUACUGGGAGGUGCAGGUGGGCAGCAAGACCGAGUGGGACGUAGGAGUGGUCAAGGAAUCCAUCGGCCGGAAAGGGCACACCACGGCCACGCCGGACGCCGGCUACUGGAUUGUCUGGCUCCGAAACGGUAACGAAUACAAAGCGACGACGGUGCCGAGGACUCGGCUGAAUGUAACUGUGAAACCCAAGGCCAUUGGCGUCUACCUGGACUAUGAUGCCGGACAGGUGUCCUUUUACAACGUGGACAAUAUGGCUCACCUGUACACCUUCACCGACACCUUUUCUGACAGGCUUGUUCCUUACUUCAGCCCGGGCAUUAAUGACGACGGGGAAAAUUCGGAACCGCUGAAAGUCCUCCCAGUCAAAUUUCACGAUGAAUAA